AUGGGCAUCGUCAGCAGCAGGCCCGACGAGCCUGGCACCAUCUAUCUCCGAGACCAGAAUCGAUUAUCCAUCGCCUCUUGUGUCAUUAGUAGUCCACGAAAGCGCACCUCUCUCAACAUCGUUCCCAAUGCAUUCCCUGCUACAAGAGUAUCUGCAUCUCGGCCCUUGGGCGAUAGCGCUCCCGUCGACUUCAUCCAGGAUCCAGAGCUAUCAGCCUCUACCGGUGGUCCAGCGUUUCUUCUCAGACUAGCGAACGACGACGAGCUUGUCUUUACCUUCACGUUUGUUAUCCGACAAGUACAACAACUGGCGCAGGCUGCAACAGGAGGUGUAGAAGCAGUCAGCACAGUCGACACGCAGAUCAACGGCCUCACCUAUGUCUGUGCCUCCACUCCACGAGAAGUCGAGAACCUCGUAACAAGAGAAUUCCAUGCCGAUCCAAACUUGCACAAGAAUGCCAAUGUCGACCUUGUCGGCUCCUUCGCCACUGGAGGUAGCCCUUCGGUCACUUUCGAGUGGUCUUGGAAGUGGAAGCCCCCCAAGGUACCCGAAGAUAAAGGUGGCGGAUGGAGGAACUCUUGCAGUUUCGUCGAGUACGACCAGCGAGCUCACCGACUGGAUACGCUUGCCAGCUUUUCCUUCUGGGUUACCAGUGAGAAUCCUAGCCUCCUUCUUGACCGGUGCUCGUCCCCUCCUAACUCGAGAACAGGUACAUCUCCCUACAUCAGCCAUCCAAAUUCCCCUUCUCCGUUCCUGCUCCAUGCCCCGCCAAAGGCCCGGGUCGCGUCCGCCCAGUCGGUUGAGUCCAGGAUAAGCACCACCGACUACGAAGAACCCAAGACCCCCCAAGCGCCAACGUACGAUGCAAGUAACGGUGGGCUAUUAGCCCCGCCUCCGACUGCAAAGGAGCCGAUCAAGGUCGAUAUCUCAUGCCCCCGGCCCGGCGAGGAUAUGACGGUUGCGGACGAUGGUCCCGUCUUCCGCGCCACCAUGAAGGCGCUAGAACAGAAAACUGGCAACAUGAGGAUGCAGACGAAGAGGCUGAUCAAGAAGGCGGAACAAGCUCACAUUUCACAACUCGAAGCCAACGACACCCUGUCUGCCUUCUUCGAGGCUUUGAAAGAGGCGUCUUCUACCAAUGCGAAUGCCGUCCAGCCUGCUAUCGAGCAUUAUUUCGAGAAGAUUGCGCGGGAGAUUAUGGCGUACGAGCGCCAGAACGCUGCCAAUUUUCACAAAAUUAUUGUCGAGCCCCUGAAUAAGCUCUACACCAUGGACAUCAAGCAGGCCGAAGCGAAGAAGCGUGACUUUGAGGAGGAGAGCAAGGACUACUACGCCUAUGUUGGCCGUUAUCUUGGCCAGCGGCACGAGUCGGUGAAAACCAAGAAGCUCGCCGACAGUGACUCCAAGUACCAAACGAAGCGCCGUAAUUUCGAACUCAAGCGCUUCGACUAUUCCUCCUUCAUGCAGGAUCUCUCCGGUGGCCGCAAGGAGCAGGAGGUGUUAUCGCAUCUCACCAGGUAUGCCGAUGCCCAGGCCACCUGUUUCCUAGCUGCUGCGAAUAAGGUUGAGGCCCUGCUUCCCGAGUUGGAAGCUCUGUCCAACGAGGUGCUCGAGGCGGAUAAGGAAUAUCAAUAUCAACGACGCGAGCGGGAGGAGAAGAGAAGGCUGCUCGAGAAGAGCAAUCUCCCCUAUAUCGAGCCCGAAACUGCCCCUAUUCUAGCCAGCGCAGUCCAAACGCAAGGAUCGAAUGGAAACCUCUCCAAUUCGGAUACGGAGCUUGGCAGAGCCGAUAGCACUGGUUCGCAGUUGAGAGGCGCGACAGCGACCACGACGAACGCAGCAGCAGCCACAGCAGCGAGCGAUUUCUCGAGGUCGCCCGGCAGUUUGACGCACCAUUCGUCUGUUGGAAGCCCCCCCCAGAACUCUAAAUUCAGGGGCAUCCGCGAUCUUGAGGAAAGAGACCCGAACCAAGCCGCCAACGCCGAGAAGAACGGAACCCAAAGGAAAGAAGGCCUUUUAUGGGCUCUCAAUCGCCCGGGUGGACAUGUAGACCCGCGAAAUUUGAACAAACAGGGAUGGCACAAGUUCUGGAUUGUACUCGACCAGGGGAAGCUUUCUGAAUACAGUAAUUGGAAGCAGAAACUAGAUCUACACAUGGAACCUAUAGACCUGAGGAUGGCGUCCGUAAGAGAAGCGAGGAAUGCGGAGCGCCGGUUCUGCUUUGAAGUCAUCACUCCGCAGUUCAAGCGGGUUUACCAGGCAACUUCCGAAGACGAUAUGAACACGUGGAUCACGGCCAUCAACAACGCCUUGCAGAGCGCUGUGGAAGGACGAGCAUUCAAGGACAAGCCGACGCCAUCUCCAAGCAACUCGGCCUUUGGAAAGAGAGACAUUGGAUCAAUCCUGACGGGGAAGAGCCCAUCCCUUAAUCAUGGCAAUCACCAUACCACUGCAGCCCUCCCGGUCAGGCGUACCACCGUCGGGUCUAGGCCAGGAACGUCUCGUAGCACCAGUUUCGAUGAUAAUCCGAUGAAGCUGCUCCAGAUGCUCCGCGAGAAUGACCAGGGCAACCUGUGGUGCGCUGAUUGCGGGUCCAAUUCCAAGGUCGAAUGGGUCUCCAUCAACCUAGGCAUCAUUCUAUGCAUCGAGUGCAGCGGCAUUCACAGAUCUCUAGGCACACACAUCAGCAAAGUACGAUCACUGACCCUCGACAUCACUUCCUUCACCCCAGAUAUCGUCGAACUCCUCCUGCUGGUCGGCAACCGGGUCUCAAAUAUGAUAUGGGAGGCCAGGCUGGACUCGGCCGCGAAACCGACGCCUCAGUCCACUCGUGAGCAGCGACUCAAGUUUAUAACUGCGAAAUACGUGGACCACGCAUUCGUGGAGCCCCUCUCUCUAACUCUGUCUCGAUAUCCCUCGGCGGACGAGACAUUACUUGCAGGUAUCAAGAAGAACGAGAUCCAGGAGGUCCUUUACGCGCUGGCGCUCGGGGCCACUCCGAACGCCACCGACAAGUCCAGGGGAACACACGCCGUCUUCCUAGCCCUUGCGGCCGCAGAUCCGGCGCCCCCGUCACCUACUCCCACUCCCACACCGACGCGGAGCACCGAGGCCGCUGACAAGGUGGUGACCUUCCCCGUGGCGGAGCUGCUGGUUCAGAACGGCAGCGAGAUACCCCUCGUGAUGCCGGCGUUCCCGCUCAGCCGCGCCGCCCAGGGGUACGUCGAGAUGAAGCGCGGCCGCAGCGCGGCCAUCAACGCGGCGGGGGCCGGGCCCGGGACCGGGCUCCACCACGACGGCGUCGGCUCCCUUCCGCCCGGGCAGGGCGAGAAGCUGAUGCGCGAGAGGGAGACGCGCCUCCAGAAGCGCAUCAGCGCGGGGGGCCGGCUGGCCAAGUCGCCCAUUCCCGAGCGAUAG